AUGGUUGGAGUUUACCUGAAGGGGAGGGACUGUGAGACACACAAAGUUAAGACGCUCUGCAACCUGCGGGAGCUUCUGACCCGACUCCAGAAGGACCACAGAGAUGACAUCUAUGUCUACACCUCUGGACACCUGAACCCCAACAAGCUUUACAAGCCACCCCAGACCAUUGCCCAGCACUGGCGCAAUGCAAACAGGCCGAAGAAGGGAACCACAGUCUUCCCACCGUCUGUGCCCAGCGUCGGACGGACAGCAGAGAUGAAAGAUGAAUGGGUUUACUUCACAAUCAACACAGCUCUGCAUCCCGACGACACUCACGACACUCAGCUGUUCAGGUAUUUGAACCCAUGCACGAUCACUUCCCGCGCUUCCAAAGAGGGUUCGAAGCGCUUCCCACAGGAGGAGGCAGAGGAGGAGGUAUGGCAAAGGCCUGCGCUUUCUAUGGAAAGAUAUAGAAAGGAAGAGCUCAGGCUGCCAGACAUGAAAGUGCUCAAGUACCCAGAGGCAGCAUCCAGCCGUGAAUGCUCCAGGUCUGCCCCAGGCAAGGAUGUGUAUGGCUACAUCAGCUCCUACCUAGCUGGUAUAACAAAAGCCGACAGGUACAAGAAGUUCCUGAGUUUCCAAAAGGAAGUGUUGGCAAAGGAAGAUGUCCUGAAGAACAAUUUCACAGGGGAGAAGGUUGCCGUGAGCCACGAGAACAAACUGAAGGAGGAGCUCAAGAAGAUAUGCACCUGCAACCCUCAGCAGUUCAACAGGCUGCAGGUCUUUGGGACAAUCUUUGAGGAUAUUUGCAACAGCUCUUUGAUCUUCGGGGACCUCCUGAAGGAGGUUAAGGAUGAAUAUGAACUCUACAUGGCAGCUCUUCUGGACUCACAGCCCACAGCACAGUAUAAGCGGCUCCUGGCUGAAGUCAAGGGGUUGGAGAAGAGCCCUGUGCACAGCACAGACAUUGACCAAGCUAAGGAGCAGCUGAGGAAGCUUGAGCAGGCAGCGCUGGCUGCCCUGGAGCACAAUGACAGACUCAGAAAUGAACUGGAGGCAGAGACCCUGUUGCUGCAGUCUGCUAAAGAAAAAUCGGAAUCCUCAGUUAGAAGCACAAACGAGGAGGACAAACUCACCCUGAUAGAGAAGGUUGAGAGGAGGAGAUGUGAAAUUCUGGAAAAAUGGGACGAAAUUAAAGCGCUUGAAAAACACAUCAAGGAAACGUUGGUGCAUUCCAGAGUGUCGGACAUCACUGAGAAUGGGAUUAAAAGUGUAGAGAACGAAGCUAUAAAAUUGGAAACAACGAACAGAAUCUUAAGGAAGAAAAUCAAAGUUAUCGAAAACCAUGUCAAGCAACUCAUAAAGAACAGUAAGAUGGGCGAUGAAGAGAGGCUGGUUCUGUUGGACCUGAUUAGAGAAUACACAGAUUUGGAAGAUGUGGAAGACGACUCUCAGGUGUUUGGGCAAUGACCCGGGAGCCUUCACUUCUGAGGCCACCACCUGGAUGGGUCGACAGAGACAUUCCCCUUUGUCAGCUCUGGCGCUCACAACGGCAGUGUAGGACCAGAAUGUUCCUCAGUGGUGUGUUGGCACGUGCACGCUCCACGUGACUCGUUUGACUCUUUUACCUGUGCCCUAGUCCUUAGUUCAUCCUUUAUUCAGUAAUUUUCCACUGGACAAAACACUUAGGAUAUUUAAUAAGAAUGGAGAUUUUAAUUUAAACACACCGUCAGGUAGACUGGCCCUGUCUAAGUGCAUUUUAAUACA